GGCCGCUGAUAGCGAAUUGUUAGUCCUUCGCCUCGUCCUGCCGGCAGAAGCAACCAAAGCGCGCGACGCGAAUUGCGAUCGUUCGACAUUUACCAAAUCGUAGCGUGACAUUUACCCCUCUUCAAAAUAAAGUGAUAUUUUAUUAUUAGCCGUUUAAAAUUUUUCCAAAUAUAAAAAAAUAAAAUAUUUUCACAUAAUUUUGUUAAUUAUACGCUUAAUAAAUUGUUAAAUAGUGGAUUGCAAAUUGUAACUUAAGGUGAUUUUCCGUUAUGGGAAAGGGGGACAAGCGAACGCCGCAGCGCGCUGAAAGCGGCUCAACCAAUCUCGUUGGUAAAUUCACGCAGAGUGUACGCCGCAUCGUCGCCGAUGUGAAGGACGAAGGCACCGCCAGCGGGCAGACAAAGGAAGAAGUCAUCGAGACCAAUGAGCGCUUGCGAGCGGUACGCAUUCGCCUCGACGAGUCCUACGACACUGCCAAGAAGUCUCUCGUCGGUCUCAUGGGUAAAUACAACGACAGCAAGACCGUCAACAAUAUCCUGCAUCGAUAUAAACUACUGAAAGCUAUGAUCAAAGAUGUAAUACGCUUAGAAACGCAGUAUUGGACGCUCGUGGAUAUUCCGAAACAAGAGAAACAGGAAACCGUGCCUGCUUUUGUACUGCGAGCGUGCGCCAUCAUGGAAAAGACGCAAAAGUCCGGCGAGGGAGUGAAAACGUCAGCGAAACUUGCAGAAGAAGCGCAAGACAAACGGGAACGCAUUGAUCGACUCGAAAACAUGACCACAUCUACAAUCGAAGCAGAAAACACACAAAUGACAAACGAUCUCUACCGACUGCUCAAAAAGUACACAGGCCUGCGAAAUUUGAUCAGAGAAUUGAAGAUGGACUACAUGAACUCCAAGUUAUACCCAAUCUUCCCCCGUUACACAAUGCUCAAGGACAUGAUCAAGGAUAUCAUGCUGCAUCCGGAUUACAUGGAGGUAUGUCACGAGAUCGACGCAUAGCCACGGUCCUUCAAAGCAACGGGCCAAAACGCCCAAACUAUGUAAAAGAUAUGUUUGGCCAAACAAGCGCUACUGUCACACAUCCCAAUAUGACGGUUUAUAGCUAGGAUAAGAACCUCCUUUGUAGAACAAUCGUUAGAUAUGAAAUUUCAAUGGACCAUCGGUAAUCGUAGAGAGAAUAAAAAGGAAAACAGAAACGUACAUGAGUAAACAAACAUUGUGUUCACUAAAUGUAAUGUCUAAACAUAACCUAAUUUCUGUUCCAAACAAAUAUGUCAUAUCAGUAACAAUUCUGCAAUUCGUUUUGUUAUGUUUAUCCUCGUGUAAUAACAAUCGACUUUUGAUUUUUGAUUAGCCAAUAAAAAAUUGUUAAUGCAAGUAAAUGUUUAGCUUAUAAAGACGCUACAGAUGAUUAAAUGUUACUAACUCGAUGUCUAUUGAAUGUUACAUUUGUUUCUGUUGUCGCAAACGUACCAUUUUGAUUUGAUCCAAAAAACGGGAACAACCUAAAACAUCUAUUUUUAAAAAUUUAAGAAUACAACAAUAGAAUGUUCGUUUUUCUUUGGAUUAAAAUGCAAAUAUCGAUGUAUUAUACACACAAAUCUACUAUGCGGUUAUUAUUACUAUAAAAAUUAGGUAUAAAGAUGAUACAAAACAAUAUUUAUAUCAAUGUACGUAUUAAAUGUGAGAUGUGAUGUCAAAACGCGGGAUGUUUAUGAAAGAUGUUGCUUACGAAAUAAAAUUUGUGCAUUCAUUGUUA